AUGACUUAUUAACUGAUCUUGCUUUUGUGUCAAUAUGGUUAACCAUAAUUCAAAAUUAGUGUUGUAUUAUUACUACUAAUCUUUUACCCCUUAAUGUUUUUUAUUGCAAAUGAAUUAAUAUUAAAGUAAGAUCUGAGAAACGCAAAUUUUUAAAAAACCAAUUUGGAGAGAUAAAUAAGAAGAUUAUAUAUUAUUUUUUAAGAGUAGGUUGAUUUAAAGAAAUAAUAAAGAUUAUUGGAUCCAAAACAAUCCUUAGAAAUCUAUACAUUUAUAUCAAGUCAUCUGAGAGAAUGUAAAUUAUAAAGAGAUAGAAAAGUAUAAAAGAAUAUAAAAUUAAAAUACAAAUGCUUUUGUACUGAUUUUUUUAAAGAUAAUGAUACAUUUUAAAGUUUAGAGUAAAUGAAACAAUUUGCAAAGGAACUAAUAGGUUAAACAUUAGAAGAUGAAAUUAUUGAAAAUUAACAUAUUAAUUUGAUGUUAAUCUAUAUUUAUUUCUUGGUUUAAAUUAAGAAGGUUCCAACUUAAGCAAUAUAUGAAGUUAUUAGAUUGUCAAUGAUGCAAAAAGUAAUAUAUAAUGUUUAUAUAAUAAGGAAUAAACUUUAAAAUAAUAAGCGAUAAUUAGAAAGUUAAAGCAUGAUGCACUUGAUAAAUUUUCUGAUUUAGUUAAAAAAAAUGAUUUAGUAAAUUAGAAAUUCGUAUUUAAGAAAGUUUAUUAAUUUGAAGAGUCUUUGAAUGUAUUAAAAAGCAAUCUUUAAACUAUUGUUAGAUAAGAAAAGGUAUAGAUUAAAUAAAUUUAAGGACUUUUAUGGUUGUAUUUUAACAUAAGUAAUAGAUAUAGAUUAUAUUGUUGAUAUUGGAUUUAAACUGCUUGAAAAUAUAAAAGAUCUUGAAAAAUAAUUACAAUUAUUAUACAAAACGAAUCCUUAAAGUAAUGAAUGCGAUACUAUUUACAAUAUCUUUUAUAAAUACAUAAAUUUCAAUAAAAUAAGACCUAAAUAAUAUAGAAGAGAUGGUUAAAUGAUGAUGCAAUUCUUAUAAUCAAAUGAAAGAAUAAUAUAUGAUCCAGGGAGUUGUGUUAUAUAAAUUACAUUACUUUAACCUAGAGGAAAUGUUAUUAGAUACACGAGGACAUUUUAAAAAGCUAUAGGAUAUUAGGAUGAAGAGAUUUAAGAUUAAAAUAUAAAUAGAUUUAUGCCUUAAAUAAUAGCAAAUGAUCAUGAUUUAUAUUUAGAUAAUUUUGUUGAAAGAGGUAGGAUAAAUGUUGUUCGAAGUGCGGUUAGAGUUAUCCUAGGUAAAACUAAAUCACAAUUUGUUGUUCCAAUUAAUACAAGAUUAAGACUUGAAGCUAGUACUAAUGAGUUUGGAGCUACUGCUUUAAUUACACCUGUUAAUUUAACAUAUGGAUAUAUGAUGUUAAAUGAACAUGGAUAAAUUGAAGAAUUAACUAAAAAUUUAUAUGAUGAAAUAUUUGAAAAAUUUUUAGGAAUUGAACUUGAUUAUGUUAAAGGAUUAGAUUGUUUGAUUUUUAUACCUGAAUUAGCUAAAAUUUGGAAUGGGUUAUUUAAUGAAAACUUUGAAAAGUUGGACAAAAGAUUAGAAUGUCAUUUAAUCAUUCCAAAUCUAUCAAAAUAAAUUUACAGAAGUAUGUAAAGUUCAAGAAAUACUGUUUUUAUCAAAGCUUUAUUAUAAUAAAGUAUCAUAAAAUCUCUUGAAAACUAACCCUUAGAUAAUGUAAUAUUUUAAAUAUCAUUGCAUCUUAUAAGUCUAGUCACAAUCAAUUUAAGGUUAAAUUAUAUUUUAUUAUUAGAUUAGUAAUUUUAGAAAUGCCUGAAUAUAAAUAAAUCUAGAAUUAAAAAAUUACAAGUCGAUAAUUAAUUUAAUUAAGACAUAGAUCAUCUUAAUUGUUAAAUUCAUCAACUUAAAAUGAGGCAAUAACAUAAAGUGCUGAUCUAUUAGCUUUCGCUAAUUCUCUGUAAUUUAAUGGAGAAAUAAAUGAAUGUGAUUUAGAAUAUGAAAAUUUAGUUGAAGAAUUAAAAAUGGUUCAAGACUUAAAAAAUUAAUUGGCAAAUAUUAAUAUGAUAAAUACAGCUCAUCAUCAAAAUUCUACUAAAAGGCUACUUUAAAAUAGCGAGCAUUUUUUUGAAGAAAGAGUCAUUGAACUAAGAAAUAAUUUAAAUUAAUCAGAUAAAAGCAAUGAUUUAAGUGAUUUUGAAUCUGAUUACAAACAAAAAAUAUAAGAAUAAAAUAUGUAAUAUAAUGCUGGCUCUGUUGGAAGUAGAUCUUCUUAAAAUAAUACUACAGCAUUAAAAAGAUAGAUGAGGGAUUGUUUAUCUGAUAAUAGAGGUUUAAAUGUUUAAACAAAAUUAUUUUUAUUCUCUCUAUUCAUAUUAGUCAUAGUAGGAUAUUUUGUGAAUUAUUUGAUAUUAUAUUUUGAGUUUGAGAAAAUCAAUUAAGACUAAAAUUAUGAUAAUUUGCCAUUUGAAUUUUCUUAUUUUUAUAAUGAAUUUGUUAUAGCAUAAUCAUUUAUAAAUGAUAGUAAUUUUCAAUUUAAAAACUUAAGUGAUGUAGCUUUAAAAUUUUUUGUUGAUAAUAUAAAAGAUAUUGAUCAAACAAUAACAAGAUUUCCACAUAUUAACUUAAUUAGUAACCUUACAAUGAAAAGCAGAAUAAUAAUCAUUUUGACAUAAUUAUCAAAAGUUUAAAGGAUGAAUGAACUAAUUCUUUCUUAAGAUUUUUUUAACAACACAGAUCAAUUUAAUACAUAAAUAAACCAAAUUUAAAAUGCAGCUUCCAAAAAUUAAUAAAUGGAUUUAGGAAUAUUGUAAAUCUUAAAAUUUUAUUUUUAGUGUUCUUAUAGAGGAAAUUGUAUUAUUACUAUUUUUAAUAAGAUACAUUUACCUAUGCUUUAAAAUAAUUUAGAUGAAAAUAAAAAUAUAUAAAUUAUUUUGUACUUUUUCAAAGGAAGUUAUAUAAGAGUAAUUUCUAUAAUUUAGUUCUUUAUACAAUCAAUUAAAUAAUACUAAAUUUAAAAAUCAUGAAACUGACGAGGAGUAAUUUGAAACAACUAUGAUGCGUUAAUAUCAAAAGACAGUAACAUCCAAUAUGUUAGAUAAGCAUAAUAGAGUAGGAAGACAAAUUUCAGUAAAAUGUACGUAAAAAUUGAUAUAAUUAUAUAGAAACAAAUUCUGCUUAAGUUUUCUUUUAUUUGUUUAUUUUUAUUUAUGCAUUUAUGUGUUCUUUUUAUUAUAUAGGAAGUUAUAUCCUAUUUGAAGAGGCUAUCUAGAAUGUUUCUGCUAGAUAAAAUGAAAAAAUAUAAUUUGAGAUUAUAAAUAAUUAGCUUGCAUUAUCUUAUGCAUAAUAAGCAAUUUUAUUAAACUAAACUAUUAAGAGUGAAGAAAUCGAAAUAUAAAAUAAAAGUGUUGAAUACUUAAAAUAACUUACAACUAGUUUAUCUCAAUAUUAGUAGAGCUAUAAUAAUGAUAUCUAUGAGAUCCUCUCUAAUAAUAUAUGUGACUAACUUUUCAAUUCAUUGUAUGAUAUUAUAUUUUACAUCUAUAGUUAAUUUAACUAUUUAGAUUAUUCCAAUCUAUUUAGUUUUUAAUAAUGUAAUACCAUUAAUAAUCUUGAAAAAGGUUUAACUUUUGUUGUUUAAGAACUGUACUAAAAUUAAUUUGAGUUUUUGUAAUUGCUUUAAAUAAAUGAUUAAUCUACAUACUCUUUUUAAGAGUUUCUUCAAAAUUCUUAAUAACAAAUAAAGAGAUUAUAUAUCUAAUAUGGAUUUCAUAUUAUAGUUGUAUUGCUAACAAAUCAAAUUAAAAGGAUGGUUUAUUCUACUAUUUUAAUAAAUUCAAUAAUGCUCGGAUUUGCAGGUAUAAUAAUGAGUUGUUCUUUAUUAAUGACUAUUAAGACAAUUCAAAAGGUUAAAAAUUAAUACAGACAAAGUAAAUAAUUGCUAACCUUAUUUCCAUUGGACAGAUUGAUGGAAAAUGCAUAUGUUAUAAGUUUCAUUAGUUAAGAUUUACAUUUUUCGGUUUGA